UGUUGCUGUGCCGGAAAAAUUAGAGAUAUUGUUGUUCUAAAAAUUAAUUCAAGGAAAGAAGCGGAAAAUUUUAGAUGUUGUGGUCAAAAGUAUGGAUGUAUGCUCCGCCUCUUCGUUGUUACUGGCAGCCUGAAUUAUAUCAAAGUGUCCCGUGGACGUCAUCAUGGACAUGCAGGGACGAACGACAGAGCGGUUCGGAAUGCGCUUCACUUCAUAACGUCUGAUAACAUUGCUGAUGGAAUUGAAGUUCCUGAAGAGUAGACUCUCUUUCUGGAUUCUACUCUUCAGGUCUCUCUUUCUGGAUUCUACUCUUCAGGAACUUCAAUUCCAUCAGCAAUGUUAUCAGACGUUAUGAAGUGAAGCGCAUUCUGAACCGCUCUGUCGUUCGUCCCUGCAUGUCCAUGAUGACGUCCACGGGACACUUUGAUAUAAUUCAGGCUGCCAGUAACAACGAAGAGGCGGAGCAUACAUCCAUACUUUUGACCACAACAUCUAAAAUUUUCCGCUUCUUUCCUUGAAUUAAUUUUUAGAACAACAAUAUCUCUAAUUUUUCCGGCACAGCAACACCACCAGCAAAAGUAGUCGCGAUGAUGAAAUGGAGAGCGUUGCAAAUGGCACGAUCGUUUGUUCCUUGAUAACCACAAUGCUUUCCUAG